GCACGGAGAAGUAGCGAUGCUUUCUGCCUCCAAUAUGCUUCUUUUCGCUUUCGCUUUUGACUCCUUUGCCCCAAGCUUUACAGAACCUGCCCCGGUACAGAAAGGAGGAGUUUGGAAUCCCACAGCAUCCUGGUCACCACAAAAUGGGAAACACAAAUAGUGCUGAACCACCAACUUCAUCAAAUGUCCCUAUAUCAAAGUCUGUAGGUGGCAUGAUUCAGGACCUUCAGGAGGAUAUCAGAUGUUCCAUCUGUUUGGAAUCCUUCAAUAACCCUGUCUCCAUAGAGUGUGGGCAUAAUUUCUGUCAAGACUGUCUGUUUAUACACUUGAAUAAUUCUCCACAGUCUGAGUUCAAUUGCCCUGAAUGCCGCCAUCUCUGCCACCCUGAACACAUGAAGCCAGAUGCACGGCUGAAAAGUUUGGUGGAAAAAAUUUCACAAUUUCCUCAUCUGGAAGAUAUCAAUAAGAUGAUGCCAACAGCUUCAUUGGAAUUGGGGCAGGCAGUACAGCUAGUACGUUUGGAUGAAAAUGGGGAUCUCUACUUGGAUGCGGAGGCCCUGAGUACUUGCUUAGAGCAGGAAGAGGUGAAAGAUACUCCCAUCUGCUUGAUUUCCAUCAUUGGGGAACAGCGACAGGGUAAAUCCUUCUUGCUAAAUUUCCUCUUACGGAGACUUAAAAACUUGGCUGCUGCAGAUAACUCUUGGCUGGGCCAAGAAGAUGAGCCAUUGACAGGUUUUGAAUGGCGUUCAGGAACUGAGAGCAUCACCAAAGGGAUAUGGAUAUGGAAUCAGCCAUUUUUGGUCCCUGAUGAAAAUGGAAAGGUAGCCUUGUUUUUGAUUGACACUGAGGGGUCAAUGGAUAUAGAGAGAAGCAAGGACAAUGGUAUCAAGCUUUCAGCUUUCUCCAUGCUGUUAAGCUCCUAUCAGAUUCUCAAUUUAUCCCAUAAGAUGAAGGACCCAGACCUGGAAUACAUGGAAAUGUUUUUGUACAUAGCAAAGAGUGUGGGCCAUCAAUUCAAACUGAAGCCUGUUCAGCAUCUUGAUGUCUUAGUUCGUGACUGGUUCUACUCACCCACCUAUGGAUUCCAGGGCGGACAAGUUUAUCUCCAGGAGAUCAUCCAGAAGCUGGAGGGUCAACCCAACCGGUAUUCACAAACCCUGGAAAUAUUAAAAAGCACCAACACAUCUUGUUACCUGAUGCCCUUCCCUGGCAAGGCGUUGGUGAUGGGAACUGAAGGCACCAUAGCAGGUAUGGAUGAGGAUUUUAGGGGAUUCCUAAACGAUUAUGGGAAUCAUAUUGCCAGAUCAGCUGCAAUGCAUGUACAGAGAAAUCAGGAGAACAAACCUCUCACCGGGACAGAACUGGCUGAUAAGAUAAAGGCUUUGUCAGAACUCAUGAAACAAUAUCACACUGGUUUUUCCUCACCCACAGAGAUGGCCUGUACCUUCAACCAGAACACCAAUAAAAUGCUCCAGAUGAAAUUUAAAAAGUUCAUCCAAAAGCAGGAUAAACUAUCACGCUCAAUGUGGGCAAGCCUACAUGUGUCCCCAAGUUCGAUGGCUAAGCGCUUAGACGAGAAGAAAAAGAAACUACUCAAACAGUUCCAAAACUCAUUUCAGGGUGACGAGCCACAUCAGACCGAAUUUUUAGCUUGCCUGGAGUCAAACCUCAACUGUGAAACUAAGGAUUUCUUGGAAGAUUAUAGGCGCCGCUUCAAAUCCUCCGCUAUCAAAGCCGGAGUAGCCAUUGGGGUGGGUGCUGUGGGGUUAGCUGGUGGAGCUGUUGGAGCUGGCAUAGCAGCAGCCUUGUUAGCAGGUGAAGCCAUUGUGCUGGGGACUGGUGCAACUUUUGCAAUUGGGACUGUGGCCGGGGCAGGCACAUUCGGUCUCGUUGGGGGAGGAGUGGGAGCUGGUGUGGGGAGACGCAUAGGGGAUUCUUCUAAGACCAAUGAUGACAACAGUGAGGCUAAAGAUGAUAAUAAGACAGAAGAAAAAGAGGAGGAGGAAGAGGAGGAGGAGAAUAUGUCAGAUGAGAAAAGUCUUAUUAGCUGAUGAGGUUAACCUUAAGAAUUGAAGCCCCACACUUCCUUUAUUAAAGAACAAAUACCUGCUAUAAAGACAUUAAUCCCAAAAGACUAGUCUCAUGUGCACUCCUUUGUCUCAAGAACUAUGGAAAAUUAAUUAUCCCCUUUCGGGGAUAGCCAUAAAAUAGCAUAGUUCUGGCACAAAGAUUUGAACUUGCAAAUGACAAUAAAAAAACAAAGGCUUUUAAAGGAAUAAUUAUUUCCUCUGGGGCUCUCCCUCCGGGGGUGGGGGGAGCUCCAAUGAAUUACCAAGCCUUUUACAGUGACAUGUUUCUCCUGCUCUAGCAUCUAUUCUAAAGGAGAAAAGGAAAUUAUAUCCAUAGCAUUAGAGCCACUUAAUGGUAUCCAUUUUGCAAUAGUCUGCUUUGGAUCAAAAUCUAGAGCAGACUAAAGUGGGCUUUGUUGUCAUCUCAAAAUUUAUCACAAGAGGCUAUUCUUUCGCUCUUCAUAGAAAUAUUGUAACAACUCCCAGAUGGAGCUCCUUCAAAGCUUAAAUGUGUGAUUUAUGUUAUGUCACAGUUACAACCCUCCCUGAACAAGGAGGCCCUUCAUCUGAUCUUUCAUUCCCCAAUCAUCUCCUGUCUGGAUUAUUGCACUGCACUCCACAUGAGACUGCCAUUAAAAAAUAAUUCAGAAUCUUCAGUUAUGUGAGCUGCAUUUGGUGCUGGGUUGUUUCCAUACCCAACUCAAGAUGCUGGUUAUGACCUUUACAUUCCUAUAUGUCAUAAAGCCAGAUUACCUCUGCCAUUGUCUUUAUCCCAUUACAUUGAUCUUCCCCACCUGGUCAAGCAAAAAAGGUAUGCUGCAGAAUCCAUUGGGUAAAGAAUUUUGACUGACGGGCUCAAGGAAGAGAGCUUUCUCUGCCAUUGCCCUCAUUCUUCGGACAUUCUCCCCGCAGAGAUGAGGCAGGGCCCCACUCUCCUUGCUUUUCAUAAGUGCUUGAAGACUUGGCUCUGUUGAUCCAGUUGGGGCCCACAGAUGAGCACACAACCAUGGGGCUGGCUAGCAUCCCAAAGCUUCUCCCUGCCCCUUUUUUAAUCUUGAACUUUCACUAUUCUGUUCCUGUUUUUAAUUCUCUUUAUUAUAAUAUGUAUAGCUUUUAUGAUUUUAUAUCUAUUUAUACACUGCCCAGAAUCCCUCCAUGAGGGAGAUGGGCAGUUUGUAAAUAUGAUAUAUAAAUAAAUAAAUUCAAGAUUCUGGUGGUCAUCUUAAAAAGCAGUACAUGGCUGAGACCAAGUCAACUGAUGGCCCAGUGGGAACAGGGAGACAAGACCUGUUAAAGUCUCCCUGUGCUGAGAGAAUAUCAUGUUCAUGGCUCCCAUUCCUAAGCUCAGGAAUCCCCAACCAAUGGACCACAACCUGCAACCAGUCUGUGGCCUAUUCCCAACAGGGCUGUGUGAGUGACCUGGUGUAUGCCCAGGCGCAAAUGUGCAGUGCCCUGAGCAUCAGGGCUCACGGCUCCACUCAUGCACGGCCUUCUACCACAAAACCAUGCCCUCUUUUCCUCCUCCCCCCCCCCCCGCUCUGGUCUGUCAAUUUGGAAAGGCUAGAAAAUUCUUCCUAAGCUUUCUCAGUUGGCAGCAACCUCUUUUGCAAAUACCUUUCCCAAAACAUUUCAGAGAAUUUUAAAGGCUCUUUUGGAAGAUAUUUAGAAGAGAGAUGAAAUGUUGGGUUCUGGGAUCAUAGGAUAUUCUUUGUACCUCCAUGUUUUUAAGUUGCACUACUGUAAUAGAUUGUUGAUAAUAAUGGUGAUUAAUGGAUAACAACUAAACAUUUUUUUUAUAAUAACAUAAAUAUUUUGGCUAUAUUGGUUGCACAUUUACCAAAAAAGUUCUUUUCUGGGCUUAUGAUAUGCUGACUUUUAUGAUAUUACCAGAAUAAUAAAUUUAAAAAAAAAACUCCCAAUUUUUUUAACAUGGGCGGUUUGUAUUUUAAAGGCUUGUUUUUAUAUGUGUAUUAUUUUCAUGUAAUUAUACUACAUUGCCCAGAUCAUUUUGCAUUAGAUGGGCAACUCUAUA